GAGAACGCCUGCACGAACGCGCGCGGAUGGCGGGACCUGGAUGAGUUGGGACUGUCCGGCAGUUUUGUUGUCCCUAGGUUCGGCGCGGGCUGGGAGGCAUUGCGGUGUGCUGUCAAGAUGUUGCGCGUGGUGAGCUGGAACAUUAAUGGGAUUCGAAGUCCCCAGCAAGGGGUGGUACACGAGGAGGCCAACUGUACCACCAUAGACAUGGGGCGCAUUUUGGACAAGCUGGAUGCUGACAUCGUCUGUCUUCAGGAGACCAAAGUGACCAGGGAUGUGCUGACAGAACCCUUGGCUAUCAUUGAGGGCUAUAACUCUUAUUUCAGCUUCAGCCGCAACCGAAGUGGCUAUUCUGGUGUAGCCACCUUCUGUAAGGACAGCGCUACCCCAGUGGCUGCUGAAGAAGGCCUGAGUGGCCUGUUUGCCACUCAGAAUGGGGACGUGGGUUGCUAUGGAAACAUGGAUGAGUUUACCCAAGAGGAGCUUCGGGCUCUGGAUAGUGAGGGUCGGGCCCUCCUCACACAGCACAAGAUCCGCACAUGGGAUGGGAAGGAGAAGACCUUGACCUUAAUCAACGUGUACUGCCCCCACGCGACCCCUGGGAAGCCUGAGCGGCUGGCCUUUAAGAUGCAGUUCUAUCGCUUGUUGCAGAUCCGAGCAGAAGCCCUCCUGGCGGCUGGCAGCCAUGUGAUCAUUCUGGGUGACCUGAACACAGCCCACCGCCCCAUUGACCACUGGGAUGCAAGCAACCUGGAAUACUUUGAAGAGGACCCAGGACGCAAGUGGAUGGAUGGCUUGCUCAGUAACCUGAGUUGCCAGGCUGGGUCCCAUGUAGGGCCCUUUAUUGAUAGCUUCCGCUGCUUUCAGCCAAAGCAAGAGGGGGCCUUCACCUGCUGGUCGACAGUCACUGGUGCCCGCCAUCUGAACUAUGGCUCCCGGAUUGACUAUGUGCUGGGGGACAGGACCCUGGUCAUAGACACCUUCCAGACCUCCUUCCUGCUGCCUGAGAUGGUGGGCUCUGAUCACUGCCCUGUGGGUGCAGUUUUGAGUGUGUCCUCUGUGCCUGCAAAACAGUGCCCACCUCUUUGCACCCGCUUCCUCCCCGAGUUUGCAGGCACCCAGCUCAAAAUUCUUCACUUCCUGGUUCGUCUCAAACAAGAUCCUGUAUUCAAGCAGUCAGCGCUGCCACUCAGCAAUCAAACCCAGGUGCAAAUGCGCCAAAACAAAGCCCGUGUGCGUUCAGCCAGGCCUCGGCCAAGUCAGGCUGGUUCCACCAGAGGCCAGAAACAACUGAUGAGCUACUUCCAGUCAUCUUCCAGCCGUCUCCAAGCUUCUUCUAACUUGGAGCAUCCUAGCCUGGGCACCCUUGUGGCCGCAAAGACCCCAGAAGACAAGGUGAUGGCCAAAGUGGUGGAGGGGCAGGCCAAGGCUUCAGAGGUCAAGAAUGAGAAGGAGGUACCGACCUCGUUCUGGAAGUCUGUGCUGGGGGGGCCCUUGCCCAUGCCCCUCUGCAAGGGCCACAGGGAGCCAUGUGUGAUGCGAACAGUGAAAAAGCCAGGACCCAACCUGGGCCGCCAGUUUUACAUGUGUGCUAGGCCCCAGGGUCCUCCCACUGAUCCCUCUUCUCGCUGCAACUUCUUCCUCUGGAGCAGGCCCAGCUGAACCAACCCAUGUCUAAGGAUGUCUGGCAUGGUCAACCCUGUACGUGAUCUGAGACCAGCACUCCUUAGCUGCCACCUCCUCCACCAAGUCUUCUUUCCCCUCCGUCCCCUCUGCCACCUUCCUCAAGGACCCUUCUGUUUUCUCUUCCUCUUCCUCUUUUAAGGCCUCUCUUCCACUCUCUUCUUCCUGCCAAGCCCCUCCUCAUUGGUAAGCAUUUUAUACCUUCAUGCCGUGAACCAGUCUCCCACCCCACUUCCUACCUUCUUGUAGGAAGAACACAGGAACCAGUUGCUCCAGGAAGAUUUAAAUCCUUUCCUUUCUUGCUGGGAAAUGUAUUUGUGCCUAAAUAAAGCCUGUCUUUGUUUUAGCGUA